AUGGCCGUCGACAACCCGCCCGCGAGGGGUCACCCUCCUGAGACUUCUCCUGCUUCAGCUUCAGCCGAGAAGCCCAUCCGACCGUCGUCUCAUGCCGCCGCCGUCGCCACCACUCCCGAGCUGCCAAGUCCCAGGAACUUCAGGUCACAGAGCCUAGCACAUCACGACCGCAGCCCGCGGGUCGCUACGACCGCGCCCAUCAAGCGGAAGCCGCUGUCGGCAAGCGCUUCACCAUUGGCUCGUCGCUUUUCGCAGUCGUCUCAGUACUCGCAGCCCUCUCAAUACGCACCCUCGCCGCCCCCGCAACACUACCUCGACAUCUUGGACGAGCUGCCGUCGCCGCCGCUGAUGUUGGACCAGCUCCCCAACCGAACAUCGCGCUCCUAUUCUAUCGACAGCCCGACUGUCUAUGAUUUCCCAAGUGCCAAGGUUGCCCCUUUGAUGCCACUGGUGCCUGAGGGAGGACUCAUUGAUAAAUUCCCUGCCGUGCCGGCCGCUGGGCCAGAGACUGGAUCCCAAGACUGGAACGACGCUCAGUUGGAGCUUGGUCGAAACAUUCCAGACGUCAACCCUGCAGCUCUUCAAACACAAAACGACCUCACUAGUGCUUUUAAAAUCCAGGGCUUCAUCCCAAACGAGCAGGAUUUCGACGUCAUCCCCAUUCGGGUUGCAUCGCAACUCCACCAGGGUAGUGAGCAGCAGGUCGACGUAGAUCCGGCACUUCACAGUAAGCAGCCGGGCGACCAAGCCAGUAAUAUUAAUACAACACAACCCAACAGAAUGUCCCUCUUCUCCCGCAAGCCAUCACCACCACACCUCAAGCUUGCAAACACCAAGGAUAUCCAUCAACAAAAGUCAAUUGCAUUGGACUCAACUGCUGCUACCGUUGCCGAUCAACCAUCCGAACUUGUACCUCUCGCUCCCGCACCCGCUCCCGCUCCCGCACCAGUAGCCGCACCAACAGAGAACGCCACCGUUAACAAGCAAGAUCCCGCUACCAACGCCUCUGUAAUUGCUCUUUCAAACCAAACAUCUGAUAAUCUUAAUGCAAAUAAGCCACUGCCGCCUCUCAAGUCUCCUGCAUCUUCGAGGUUAGGAAGCUUCUUUGGCUGGACGACAUCGUCACCGGCCUCGACCUCAUUCUCGGACAAGGGCUUCUCCCCCUUGCCCUCGCCUUUCUCACAAAGGACGACCACGGUAUACACAGAUGACAGCCCGGCGUCCGCAACAACAGAACCACUUACUGCAAAGGCCGGUAUACAUGCCCGCCCUCCGAACCAAACCACGCACCUCGAGUAUUGCGAAGACUACCUUCAAACACCACCCACUACCACACCGUCGCCGGCCAGUCAGAUUGAGGAUAUGGAGGACGAACUAAAGGCCAUCAGCGCCGAGCUGGCGGCCUCUAUUCGGCGUGAAAUGGACCUGGAGGACCUAGUUGAACGACUGCAGUCCCAAGUCGGCAGUCGGGGCGAACCAGGAAAGAGAACCAGUGAUUACUUUUCCGACUCGGGUUACAGCUCCGCCAAGGCAUCCGAAGCCGAUGCCAGCAGGGAAGAGGUCGCUCAGGUCCAGCGUCGGGCCGAGCAGGAGAAGGCUCAGGUCCGCCUGGAGCUGAGCGAAAAGCUGAACGAUGAGCGUUCAAGGAGGAGAGAGUUGGACCUUCAGAUCAAGGAGCUCUCGCUGAGGGCAUCCAAGAUGGGAGAAGAGCAGGCCCAAAGAGGUUCAGUGUCGGACGCCGACAGUGCUGACCGAGUAAAAGAGCUCGAGUCGUCAUGCGAAGAACUGAGGAGAAGACUAUCAGAGGAACGUGAGAUCAAGGAUAACUUCCAAGAUCUCUUGGACGCUCUCAAAGGCGAACUGCAGAGCGCCGCCAACGAGCGCGAUAAUCUUCGUGACGAGGUUGUCCCACAGCUCAGGGCUCGCGUCGAGGGUCUCGAGCAACAGGCAGCCGAGUACUCGAGGUCGACAUACGAAAGCACCAAGAUCCAGCAAGAGCUUCAGACUCUCCAGGAGGAGAACGCAAGCCUCCGGGCGCUGAAGCAGAAUCGUGAGUCGCAAAGGUUCGAAGCCAACCAAACAAGGAUGUCACGUGUCGUCCGCUCGUCUUCAGUGAGCACUGUAAACUCCAACUUCAAGCUCCAACAAGCGCCUCUUGGCCGCUCCAAUACUGUAAAAGGACCCCAAGGCCAGCAGUUCGAGUCACGCGAGGCCAUGUCGGAACGCCUCAAGGAUGUCGAGGCGCAGCGCGAUGCCCUGCACAGCGCACUCAAGAAUCUGCUCGAAAGGCAAGAGUUUCAGAACCGUGAGAACGAAAAGAAGAUUCGCGUCCUCGAGCAGGAGCGCGCUCGCUUGCUGGCAACAUCGCCAAAGAAGGCUGGCUACGAACGAGACGUGUCCAUUCUGAAGGAGGAAAUCGCUGUUCUGCGAAAACGUGCCGAGGAAGCCGUGGAACAGAAGUGGCAGGUUGAAAAAGGCCUGGCUGGCUUGAAGAUGGAUCUCGACCGCGCCCAGGAGGAAAUUGCAGGCUUGAAGAGCCUGCUCCGCGAAAAUGACAUUCUCAUUCCUGCUGCCUUCUUCGCAAGACCGAUGAGCUCUCCUGACAGUAUUGAUGGGGACGCCAGCCCUGUCACCUCUGCAUCUCUGCAGAAGGCGCACCAAGACUUACGCUCCUCUUAUACCCAGGCACUAGAGCGGAUCAAGAAGCUUGAACUGAGCUCCGUGGAGACGGAUGCUUUGAACAAGCUGGAGGCUGCAGUUGCAGCUGAUGGUAGCCAGCCCUCACAAGCGAGCCUCGAGGCCCAGGUCAAGGAGUACCUCGAGACCGAGCGUGACCUGGCUGAUCAGCUCCAGGCAUCGGCAAGGCAAGUCGAAGAACUUGCCGCACAGGUACAAGCGCAGCUUGCUACCAAUGCCACGCUUCGUACGCGUCUGACUGAUGCGGUAACACGCGGCGAGGCCAACCAGCAACGCAGCAAAGAACGCAUCACAGGGCUUCAGCGCCGGCUCAAGGAGCUCGAAGACGAGCUUUCGUCGACGCAAAGCGCUGCUGAGGACCGCAUCGCACGCCACGAGGAGGAGAUUAGGCUUCUGCGUGAGGCCAACAAUGGACAAAUACAAAGACUGAGGGAUGCGGCUGGUGGUCUCAAGAGCCCUUUGCCAAAAAGCCCCGGUCUCAGAAGCCCUACGCAGCGAUUGUUUCCCCCACGGUCGCCACUGUCGCCUUUGUUCGCCAAUGGUACCAGGUCUCCUCGCCUUGUCAACAGUCCCGUUUCGCGACCAGGUUCAUCGGGACCCAACUCUGCGCGCAGCCUCAAGUCCCCCGGUAUGGCGGGUGAGGAGGACCAGGCGGUGCAGGUUGAGAAGCUCCGACGUCGUGUCGCCGAGCUCGAGAAGGCGCUCAACGAGGCCGAUGCCGAGAUGCAAGAAGUUGUCGGCCGUAUGAACGGGGCACAAAUCGAAGUACUGCAGUUGCAGGAAGAGCGCGAGCAGGCCAUCCGAGACACGCGAAGGCUGCAGCGCCAGCUUGACGAGGAGAAAGUCAAGGUCUUUCAAGACCGCUUCCGGGACCUGAGUUCCAGUGCCAUGGCCUGA